CUCCGACUUCGCGCGCUUCGUGCUGAAGACUUCGAGGAUGCCUAGAAUGCGAAUCGCCGUGUCUAUACACGCGACGCACUGGCAGUGCACUCGGUCCUUUCUUCUCGAAGCCAACCUCAAUCUCAUACGUUCGCCGCUCGGGCCUGAGACUGAAGAGUGAGUCAGCUGCCCCCAACAUAUGAAACUCUAAAGUGUCCAGCUCGUAUCGACGAGAGCGACGAACCCGGGAGCAUGGCACGACUGCAGAUGACGGGGUCCUCGUGUCGGCAGCAUGGCUCCAAGGUGUAUGAUAUUAGGACGGCUGCGAGGUCCAGCUGCUCUGUCAGCUUGCUUUGCGGCCCUCAGAACGAAGAUCCCAGGCUGCUAGUCUCCGCUGUGCGGCAUUCGGUCCCACCACGAUGAGCAUCGUCCCUUUCGUCUUGCAGCUCACGUCACUGUGGCAGGCCGUCACAGGCGACGGUAGCGCUCCCAGGAAAAAGCAGCAAGAGUUCCUUGACGCAUGCAAGAAAUACUCCGGUCGGCACAUUUCCGAGAUGACCCACACGCUUCCUAUUGUUGGCCACGUUAAGGGUGUAGUUCAUUUGGCAUUGGGCGACACGGAAACGAUCUCUCGCUCAGAAGAUGCCCCGACUCGUACUUUGAUGGUAUUGGGCUCCGGCGCGCUAACCGCAGGCACCGGAGAUGUAGCGGUGCCCAUUCUGGGCGGUGUCGCAACAGGAAACAUCGCUGACUCGAAUAUCGCUAUCACAGGUAGUAUAGAUGCACGACAUCAGAUAUACAAUCCUCAAGGUGACCUCGGCGCAGUGUCUGAACACGCGUCUGACUGGCGCGGAGGAGUGUUCGAUAUAGUUGCUCUCGGCGUUGGCGAUGUGGUACUGAGCGUCAAUGGAGCUCUAGCGAAGGCGACAUCCAGGACAACCAAGGUGUUCCGUGUCGAGGGCGAAGGAGUCUUCCUGACAGAACGAGGUAUGGCCCAAUACAGCGCGAACAACUGUAUCUUCCCCGGGCCAGGAGGCAGCACCAUCGAAAGCCCCAACAUCGUAGCGACGAUAGUGCGUUCCAAGGACAGAUCGCAAAAUAUCGUGUUUAGGCGACCAUCAAAACUCUACAUGAACAUCGGCGACACAUCUCACUCUGACAAAUACUACGAACAGAAACUCUUUCAAUACGACGAGGCCGUCGAACAGCUGAGACAUAAUACGGGCACGGAUACUCUUGUCUCACAUCCCGCAGCACGCAGAUUUACGUUGCAGUCAUUCCGCAUCCUCACGAAUGACGCCAAAUGCAUGUUUCGCUACAUUCCAGAGAAUUCGGAUGGCAAUAUCAAUCUCAGGUCUUCCGACAUCCGGCGAAUCGAUAUCACCAGGACGUCUGCGUCGUUCGAAUGCUCCCAGCCGAUAUACGUACCGGUCAUCGCAAACGCAAUUCCUGACACAUACAGUGAAGAGCUUCCGACCUGGCUGCAUCAUAUGCCGACGCGCCUUUCAGAGCUCAUGAGAGACGACCAGAUCACCUACGGCUGUGUUAGGACAUUCGUCGUUUUCGCGCCUCAAUUCAGCAGAAGAUCCCUGAGAGCGGACAUAGCGCUGACGAUCACCGACCAGGAGCUCAAGCGGCUAGAACACGCCCCCGUGUCACUAUCAACCCUGAGCCCUGACGGUGUCGAUAGCAUCAAGGUCCGGCAAGAGCCUGUCCGUCGUCUGUGCCAAUCCCGACAAGUCAAGUGCGGCCGUAGGGUCCUCGGGGACGUUGACCACGGGCGGCACACAGAGUACCUCGCCGAACUGAGUGAUGGUUCGACCUUCUGGGUCCCAUCGUGCAACGUCGCAGAGGACCUCAAGCAGGAGUUCUGGAAAGUCAUGACCACGGGAGCAAAAGAGGUUGCGGAGUUCGUCAAUUCAGACCCGUCUACAGGCAAGGUAACUGUGAAGCGGCCUGACGGGACGACAGAGAUUGUACAGCAAACACAGAUAUUCUGGCAGGAGGAGUCCGAGCCGACAAGGUUGACCGAUAUGGAGCUCGAGGCGCUCCUGCACCAUGGUCAUUUCGGUCUCGACGUCACCGAGUUUGUACCGUGCACGGCGUCCAUCAACACGGAUUGGGCAAAGGUUGAAGUCCUGAGCAAGGGCGCAGCGAUUAUGAAGGACACGGCCGCCUCGAAGGCCGGCGAGUACGAUGGUAUACGUUUUGACGUACGUUCGAUAUCGUUGUCAAAACCAUUCGGUGGACAAUUUGUCUCGCGGACAAUCCCAUUCUUCAUUGCUAGUAAUAGCACCACAUUCGACAUCAAGGUCACUCACGGCUACUGCAGAACGGCGACAACAAGGGGUGAUGGAAACGUCGUGCUCAACCUUCAUGACGAGCGUUUUGAAAGCGGCGCUGAUCCACAUGAUACUGACCACAACCUGAGCGAGUUCCAUAUCCGACCUAUCAUCACCUGUAAGGACGAUGGUAAAGUAGUUUAGUCAGCGCCUUAGUCAGCGACCCGGAGUCCGCCGAAGGACCGUUUUAUAGCUGACGCGCCCCGUUGCUCUCGUCGUCU